AUGUUCAACAUAAACCAUAGUGGAAUUGAAUUACUUUCAGUAGAACUAUGGCGAGAAAUAUUUGAUUAUUUCGAUGUGAAUGAUCUAUGGUAUUCAUUUCGUGGUUUGAAUAAACAAAUCGAUGGAAUUAUUGAUCAAGUACAAUUACAUUUAAAUUUUGAAAAAAAAAGCAAUUAUGAUUACUUCAUAAAAAAUAUUUUACCAUCAAUAAAUGUUGUUAAUAUUCAAUCAUUAAAAUUACGAAAAGAAAAUAAAAUAAAACAUUUUUUUUCUAUCUAUUCUCUUAAUUCAUUAGUUCAACUUCGAUUAUUAUCAUUAGAUGGUAUACAUUCUUUUAAUGAUAAUUUAUUUACAUUUUGGAAUCAACUUUCGUCUUUAAAAUAUUUACAAUCAUUGAAAGUUAUAUUUGGGACCAAUUCUCAUCCUAAUAAUGAUCUUAAAGAAAAAGAAUUUAUAAUUCGUUCGAUAUUUAAUCAAGAUUUUUGUCCUUUACUUACUUGUUUUAUCAUCAAAAAUAAAGGCAACGACAAUUUGAAUACCGAACUUCCUAUUCGUUCAUUAAUACAAACAACUAAAAUGAUCAAUAUCAAUCAUUUAUCCAUUGAUAAUUUGACUUUUAAUGAUUUAAUUAAAUUACUUCCUGCAUUACAAAAUACUAAAUUAUUUUGCAUCAAUGACGAAUUAUCUUGUAAUAACAAGUUUUGUACACAACAGACAAUGACAGUUGAAAUACCAUUGAUGUUUGAGUGUAAAAAGUUAGAUCUGAUUUUAUCAGACGAUAUUACUUUUGAACACAUCGAAUAUAUAUUAAAACAUACUCCAUACUUAAAAAGAUUGAUCUUAUGUAGUUGGUUUCAUUUACUUGAUGCAAAAAAAUGGGAAUUAUUACUAUCAGUACAAUGUUCAAAAUUAUUAGAAUUUGAAUUAGUAUGUAAUGGUGAUGAUGAUGAUAAUGAUUAUGGUAAAGCUGGACAUGAUUUUGAGGAAGAAUGCAGAGCAACAACGUUUUGGAUUGAACGAAAUGCUAUAAUUAGCUAUGAAUUUUAUUCGAAUGAUGAUUUUUAUUAUACUAUAGUUAAAUUUAAUAUUGGAAAAGUAAGUUACUUGCAGCUCUUAACUGAUUCUUAUCCUGUUUAA